CGUUUACAUAGCGCGCCCUUACUCUUCGUCCGCCGCGCACAAUCGACACCCAUCUGCGCUCUCCACACUCUGAUCCCGCCUUCAUCGGAGAGAUGGCCGGUCUAUCCACCGACGCACCAUUGUCGCUCAUCCCAACGCCCCACAAAGAGACUGGCAAGAGCGAUGAAUUCACCAUGGAUGCAUCGCACAUGGCCCUCGUCCAUAACGUGAUCAUUCGCGGCUACAAUAGCAUCUAUCAGCAGGCGCCACGCAUCCAUCAGCAUGAUGUGCGCGACUUCAUUGGCUACUGCCUCGCAUGGAAUGACAUGGUUCUCAACCACCACCACAGCGAGGAGACGAUUCUAUUUCCGCUGCUCGAGCAGGGAGCCGGUGUUCCAGGCCUAAUGGACACCGACAAGGACGAGCAUGAGGCCUUCUACGGAGGCAUGGGCGAGUUUGCGAAAUAUCUCGACAAAUGUCUGAAAGCGGACGACCCCUCGAAGGCCUUCGACGGAAAGCGUGUCGUCGCUCUCAUGAACGCCUUCGGACCCGCUCUCCACUCACACCUCUCCAAUGAGCCGCGACAUCUCGCAUCACUAUCCAAGUACCCAAACAUCGACACAGCCACGAUCCGCGCCAAGACAGAGAAGGACACCAUGGAUCGCACCAGCCCGGUGUAUCUCCUGCCGAUGCUGUGGUUCAAUCUGGAUGCGGAGUUCGAGGACGGCCGCUGGGCAGACUUCCCCGGGCUAUCGUGGCCGUUGAAAUGGGUCAUGGUGAAUCUGUUCGGGUGGUGGAGAAGUAACUGGUGGCGCUUCGGAAGCGUCGGUCGGGAUGGGAAGCGCGUGCAGCUCUUGGCGCUUCGAGAAGGCUACUAGAGGUGCGCUCGUGCAAAGAAUGCCGGCAGCCUAGUUCUUACUUGCACCACUUAUGGAACAUCUUAGGAUGGGUCCAAUGACCUGUGCGAGUUUCUGUACGUUCUGAAGAUAGAAUACCCGUCAGAGAUCGCCUUGAUUCAGAGUGCGAUACUGGUUCAUCCUGCAAACCUGCUUCGCGCAAUGAUAGUCGCACGCAUGUAAGGUCUUGGCCCAUAGAUCUGGACAAGCGCCGCUGGCUGCAUGCCCCGCGCCCGGGCUGGGCUGAGGUGUGCUGAGCGCUAGCUAAGUUCAGCUGUAUGUAAGACUAAGCUAAACGGAAAUGGGGCAUUUGCCGAACAGCGGCUUACUAGGCAUACAAGAACAGCUGGU